AUGGAAUAUCUAGGCUACGUCGCUGCCAACAACCCCCCACCCAACUACUAUUUGCGCAGGGCACCGCCGCCUCAGCCACCGCAAAAUCCGACGCCCACAACAGUGACAUCCACCACAGGAACGUUUCCAUUAUCAGGUGGCCAGCCGAGAACCAACUCCAGUAAUAGCUCACGGAGUCGAUCGUCGCACGAGACCGGCCCUCCGGCGUUCCUGGGUGCUACCACUUUCACCCGCCACGAGAAUCAAAGUCAUCCCUCGCCUGUGUCUAUACAAGGCGACCAGCUCCAGGACAGAUACCAGCAGCCACAACUCCCUCCUCCUUACAAGGCGUCCCCGAUUGGCAAUCAUCACAAGGAGCUACCACCAACACCGGCGCCGUCGGCAUUGAUCGGAGGGCUUGACUUUGAUGUAACAUUGCAGUCACCGCUUCAUACAGCUGUGACUAUAGACGGAGCGACCCAUUUGCUCGCCACCCCAGUGACUUCUUCUAUUGUUUUGCCCCUCGACCAUUCGCCUGCCCGGUCGAGCUACCCUUCACAAGCGGUUGGAACUGCCCAAUCUAUGAGGUCUGCCCACCUUCGUACGGUGGCUACGCCUAAGCGAAAAAUACAGAAGUUCCAAAAAUCAUCUUUGCAGGAAAGAACACUUACGGAACACGGCCAGCAGCCAUACAGGCGAGGUAAAAUCGGGCAUCAGCAACAAGAGCAGCCACAAUACCACCAACAACGUCAACAACAACAGCAACAACAGCAACAACAGCAGGAGGGGCAACUGGAACAACAGCGAGAAUACCGGCGGCAACAACGGCAGAACCAAGAGCAGGACCAAGACCAAAACCAAGACCUAGAGCAGGACCAGGAGCAACUUCACGGCCAGUAUCGGAGAAAUCUACGAGAUAAAGAUCAGAGGCCCAAUUCAAGAAGGCACCGGCAUCGCGAAUUGGGACAUCCGUACGAGUACGAGCACGAGCACCUGCGGAAUCGUAACUACGCACUUGAAAGCAAACAAAACCGAGCUCCGGGAGACCCACAGAAACAGCCACGGCAGCAGAAGAUCAGUAGUACAUCAGUCGUGCCUGGUCCAAAUGCCCUUUAUUCCGAAAGCAUAACGAAAUCGUUCGCGCGAAACGAUAACAAUUACCGCACUUCUGGCUUCGCAACCUUGGGCCCUAAGACAAUGCUACCCAGCGAACCACCAUCCAGUGCGGACGGGGGCGGGUCAUCGUCCCAAUCUUUGCUUUCUACAGCAUUCGACCAAACAAAACCUUUCUUGAUACGCAACGGGCGCACAUAUCUUUCCGACCCUUCCUUACCGUAUCCCCUCCCUGUGGAUCUGGAAGAGCUGCACCGCCAGUCGCUUCGUUCACUUCUUUUGUUCCAACUAUUCGGUGGCCCGGUGUGCUCCCCUUCAUUUGCUAACAGGCCCCCCACUCGCGUUUUGGAAGUCGGUUGCGGUUCUGCCUUCUGGAGCAUUAUGUGCAACCAAUACUAUGCACGCCAAGGACACCGUGGUAUAUCAUUCUCUGGUAUCGACAUCGCACCCAUUGGCUUAGGUGCUAAGGGGCCUGAUGAUAUAGGACUCACAAACCAAUCGGUGUCAGGGAAGGAGAAGGGCCAAAUGAAUUGGCGUUUUGUGCAGCACGAUGUCCGCCGUUUGCCUUGGCCCUUUGAAGUCGAGGAAUUUGACCUGAUCAUGAUCAAGGAUGUGUCCUUGGCCAUGCGCUCCGAUACAUAUCAACUUGUGUUUGACGAGUGCAUCCGCCUCCUCCAGCCUGGCGGGACACUAGAAGUAUGGGAUUCUGAUCAUGCUAUCCGACUGCUGCGCCCUCAUAUACCCUCUGUACCGGCAACGCCGUCAAGCCAAGAAGAAGACGACUACAAUAGCGCGAUGACUGCCGGUGCAUAUGUUCUUACACCGAAUACACCACUUUCCGCGCCGCUAAAUAGUUACAUCGUCGAGUAUAACGCUUGGCUCGUGAAAGCCCUCGAGUCGCGGUCCCUCCCAUUUGCACAAUGUGCCCUUGCAGGGGCCCUUUUUCUCCAGGAAGCAGAGUCGCUUACAAACGUGUCAUCUCGUCGAUUGGCCGUGCCACUAUCCGAAAUGCGUUGGGAGCGGGAGGGUGUCGGUGGCGUGGUGACUAAGGAUGGCAAGCCAUACAUUGAGACCAAGAACGUGCCGAAAGCAAAAGGUCAGAGCCGAGACCUGGAGCCGGGCAUCAAGACAAUUACCCCAGCCCAAACCGCGUUACGACGCACUGCGCUUCUGACGGUUGUACAACUUAUCCAGAGUUUGGAGCCCAUCCUGCGUGAGGUCAGCGGUAAGAGCCAGGAUGAGUGGGAUGGCUGGUCUGGCAAGAUGGUAAAUGAUUUGAUGAGAGAAAAUGGUACAUUCUGGGGCGAGUGCCUGGAGGUAGGCGCAUGGUGGGCGCAAAAACGAUAA